UUUUGACUUCCAACUUCCAAGUUUCAACUUUGACUUCCGACUUCUGAGUUCCUGUUUCAACUUUCAACAUUAUUUGGUUUUCAUUUGGGAUUUUAGAACUUGAAGAGGCCUGAGAUUUGAGUCUUGAGAGUUGCACUUGCAGUUUUGGAUUUUGAGAUUUUCCUCCUCUCCUGCACUCUGCAGCUCGACAGCAUCUGGUUGACUGGUUUUAUAGCCUUACCAGGUGAUUUUGUUCCACUUAAUAGUUAAUAGGCUCAGUGAUAAGUGAUUGAAUUUAACUAUUGCUGCUCCUUUCAUUUAUUUUAUUUUUUGUAUUGUGAUUGAGAUUUUUGAUAAUUUAUAAAUUUGAUCAUAAUGAUACCUAGAAAAUACAAGUCAGGUUUUGAAAAAAGAAAACAAAAAAAGAGAGAAGAAGAAUUGGUUCGAUCUUUAGCAGGAUCUCUUGAUAGAUUUUUGCCUAGUAAACAAAGAGGUGGCUCAACAUCUAAUGUUGAAGAAGAAACAAAUCCAUCAGUCCUGAGUGAUAAAGAAGAAGAACCAGUUGGUGAUAAAGAAGAAGAAAUUAGAGUAGGUGAUGAUGGUGAUCAAUAUGAGGAAGAAGAAAUUCUUCCAAUAGGUGAUAAAGAAUUUGGGCCAUUAAACAUUUACGAUCCAGGAAAUUGGGAUAAUAUUAAUCAGAAGUUUAGGGACCUAUUAAUAGAAAAAGGUCCAAUUAGAAUUCUUGAUAUUGAUUUUGGUGUUGAUCACCUUGGUAGGCAUUUUUCAUCUAAUCAUUAUGAACGAGUGUUAUUGAAUGGAGAGAAACAAGAGAGGAAAUGGCUUGUAUAUUCUGUUUCUAAGGACAAAGUGUUUUGCUUUUGUUGUAAGUUAUUCAAGCAAGAUCAUAACAUUUCCCGAAUGACAACGGAUGGAUUUAAUGAUUGGAAACAUCUUAGUGAACGACUUAGAGCUCAUGAAACUAGUAGUGAACACCUAGUUUGCAUGACCAAAUGGAUAGAAUUGCAAGUUAGGUUGAGAAAACUUGAAACAAUUGAUAAGAGUGUACAAGAACAAAUAGAUAGGGAGAAAGAGCAUUGGAAACAAGUGUUAAAAAGAAUAAUAGCCCUUGUAAAAACUCUUGCAAGAAACAAUUUAGCAUUUCGUGGUCAUAGGGAGAAGCUUUAUGAAGGGAGAAAUGGAAACUUUUUAGGUUUUAUUGAGAUGAUUGCAGAGUUUGAUCCAAUCAUGCAAGAACAUAUUCAACGAGUUAAAAAUAAAUCAAUUCAUUAUCAUUAUCUCAGUCCAAAAAUACAAAAUGAGUUGAUCCUACUCUUAGCUAAUGAAAUUAAAAGUGCAAUUAUAGGAAGAGUAAAAAAGGCAAAAUAUUUUUCUGUUAUACUUGAUUGUACUCCUGAUAUAAGUCAUGAAGAACAAAUGUCUCUUAUAUUGCGAUGUGUGGAUGUUUCCGCUGAACCAAUAAAAGUGGAGGAAUUUUUUAUACAAUUUUUAAAGGUAGAUGAUACAUCGGGGCUAGGACUUUUUAAUGUGCUCAAAGAUAUUUUAAAUACCCUUGAUCUUGAUGUUGGUGACAUAAGAGGGCAAGGAUAUGAUAAUGGAUCAAAUAUGAAAGGAAAACACAAAGGUGUUCAAAAUAGGUUGCUUAUGGAGAAUCCUAGAGCAUUUUACACACCUUGUGGUUGUCAUAGUCUUAAUCUUGUACUUUGUGAUAUGGGUAACUCUUGUGAAAGAGCCAUAUCUUUUUUUGGAGUUGUUCAGCGCAUAUAUUCAUUGUUUGCAUCGUCUACAAAACGGUGGAAUGUUUUGAUGUCUUAUGUUGGAAAUCUAACACUUAAGCCUUUUUCUCAAACACGUUGGGAAAGUCGUGUUGAGAGUGUUAAAGCAAUACGAUAUCAAACUUCACAAGUUAGAGAUGCUUUAAUUGACUUAGUUAAUACUAGUGAAGAUCCAAAGACAAAGAGUGAAGCCCAAUCCUUAGCAACAAAUGAAAUUGAGAGUUUUGAGUUCUUGAUUAGCUUGAUAAUAUGGUAUAAUUUAUUAUUUGCUGUAAAUACCAUUAGUAAAACCCUUCAAACUGAAGAUAUGGAUAUUAAGAUUGCCGUAGAAAAGCUAAGAGGACUCAUCUUAUUUUUUGAACAAUAUAGAGAGAUAGGAUUUGUGGAAGCCAUAAUUGAAGCUAAAGAAAUAGCUAGUGCAAUGGAUAUUGAACCUGUUUUUAAAACAAAACGACUAAUUCGAAGAAAAAGACAAUUUGAUGAAACUAACAAUGAAGAUUUAAUACAUUCAGUUGAGGAGUCAUUUAGAGUUGAUUACUUUCUAUACAUAGUGGAUAAAUCUAUUUCUUCUUUUAGAAGUAGGUUUGAACAACUUCAAUUAUAUGGAGAGACUUUUGGAUUUUUGUUUGAUUUGAAGAAGUUACAUUCUAUUGAUAAUGAAAGUUUGAUAUCGUAUUGUACUAAACUUGAGAAUUUUUUGAAGUGUGAUAAUCUUUAUGAUAUUGAUGCAAGAGAUUUAGCUUUAGAAUUAAAAGUUUUGUGUAACACCUUGCCUGAAGAAGUAAAAAAACCUAUUGAAAUAUUAAAUCAUUUGCAAAUGCUUGAUGGUGGUUUUCCAAAUACAUGGAUUGCAUAUAGAAUAUUGUUAACUAUUCCGGUAACGGUAGCCUCCGCAGAGAGAAGUUUUUCAAAGUUGAAAUUGAUAAAAUCAUAUCUUCGGUCCACCAUGUCGCAAGAAAGGUUAAAUGGGUUAGCUAUGUUGUCUAUUGAGAGUGAUUUGGCGGAAAAUGUUGAUUAUACUAAUGUAAUUAGUGAUUUUGCAUCUCAAAAUGCUAGACGAGUUAUAUUUAAGUAAUUUUUUUUUUUUGGAGUUAGACUUUAACU